AGGCAAGGCCCUCUUGAAGAAACACUUCUUUUCCAUCAUCAUGCACGAGGGGGACGCGCCGCCGUGCUGAUGCAGUGCAUCACCCAAAAAGCCGCAUCUUGUUCCGUCACCACCACCACCGUCCCACUCACUCUUUCACCUCUCUCCUGUCGCCAUCCGCUGGCCUUAAAAUUGCACGAGAGAGCCCAGAUAGGUUGUAAUUAAAACCGGCCAUUCGAAUCCCAACCUGCGUCCUUUGCCCCGUGGUUCAUCGUUUCAUAUGUCGCCGCGCUGCUCUUCACCGUCAGUGUCAUGCUAUGGCCGGUUGGCAUGACCAUUCUGCGACCGCUCCUCCGCCCUCACCUUCACUCUCCCGCCUCUCUCUGACCAUCCUGUGCCUGCUGACCGUCCUCCUCCGUCUCACGUCCGCCCUGCAGACCGUCGCCGGGUCGCCUUGUGAAUCUGUGUGCGCCGACGCAGGAACGCUCGAGGGAGACGUGGUCUGCCUCGAUGCCGACUAUCAGUCUCUCCCGCAGGGUCGAGCAUAUCAAAACUGCGUGGCGUGUCAGUUGAAUAGCACAUCGGUGGACACGAGCAAGAAUGAGACAGACGUAGAAUGGGCAUUGUGUAUGCUAGCAAUAUUUCUUAUCCACAUCCACCUUCACAUCUUCAUAUUGUCCUUCUCUGCAAACUCAUACUACUUUCUGUUCGAGAAGUCCGCUGAACAAAUUGACCCCCAGUGGCCCUGCGCUACACACUUUCAGGGUGCAUGUUCGCUUGGCCGUCGACCCAUAUAUCGAUCAGCAGUCCUUGCCAGGUCAGCUGCGCUGUUUUGAACGAGUCGAUCGAGUACCAGAUCACGAACGAUACUUCAAAGACCUCUCCAGAACUGGGAUUUUGCAACGUGGGCGCAUUCGACAGCACCGACAUCAACCGAUGUGCCUUUUGCUAUAGCUUUGUUCCGCAACAAUUGUAUCUUGCCAACUUCCUGCAAGCACUGCACAUAGCCUGUGUGCAACCGCCGCUCGCCGGCAAAGCAUUCUUCCCUGACGCGGCCGCCAUCUUCAACGAAACACUCAUAGCAGGUCCCGCCCCGUCGUCCAACAGUGGCGGUUCCGGCGGCGGUCUCCACGGGUGGAAACUGGCCCUUGCCGUCGCGCUGCCCAUAGUGGGCGGUAUUUUGCUCAUCGGAGGUACCUGCUGGUGCUGUUUUGCAUUCACCCGAAAACGACGACAACGGAUGGCCCAGACGGGGCGCAUGAGUCGAGUCCACGACGCCAACGCUGACCACAUGUACAGUCCCAUGUCGGCCAAAGCCAUGGACGCCUGGAGCCAAGGACAGCCCCCGACCGAAAUGCACGCCAUCAGCCCGACGCUCCUCCACGCCAAACACCCGAGCCCUGGCAUGGCGCAGGGACGCUGGAGCCACCAUCAAGCGCAGGGCGAAGAGUCCGACCACGGAACUCCGCUCAGGACCAGUUUCCAACAACCGGAAGUCAUCGGGCCCGGAAACGGCCAGCUACAGGACCCGCGGCUGCACGAGCAGUAUUUCGGGUCGACCGACGAGCAGGAUGCAGAAGGUCACUUUGACAAUUUGCCCGGACCAAGCGGCGGCCAACAACAGCAAGAGUAUUACCAUCCGGAAGCUAUAGGCGUGGCGUACGGGCAGCCCCAUGAUGUGCCCAUGCAGGAUUACGAAAGGGGUCAUUUUAUCUGAUAUCUACUGUGGAGGACGGAAAAUAACGCAACCAAGUUUUGUUAGUAGCUCGAUGGGAUGUGAUGAGGGGGCGAAUGACGAUGUGACGCACGUUUUUCAAUGUUUCCUUUUCUCCUUCGGACUAACGUCCUCGUUGAAUGUGGAUUAGAGUACUGAGGUAUCUAUGAUGAGAUGAAAAAGCAGAGAUCACCGUGGAUGACCCAGGUCAGAUCAAGUUUUUUUUCUGCGGAAGGGUGAGUAUGAGGAGACGGCGGGAUACAUAUGUCUGAUAGGACUAGACAAUUGUAUUAUAUGUGUUUUGGCACGUCAAGACGGUCAGUCUCUUCCAACCAAAAGAGUUGAUAU